AUGCCCGGCGAACCUCAACCAGCUCAAAAGCGCCCACGUCUCCCCUUCAAACCUCCCAGUCGCACAACUAGCGCGGGACCAUCCAGCUCCGUGUCGAAGGCCAAAGGAAAAGCGAAACAAACCAGCACAAAAGCUUCUGCGUCCACAACCAUGCCCAAAACAACAAAGAGCAAACCCACGACUCAAAGCAAGUCUGCAACCCAGAGUAAAUCUACAAGUAUCGGGAAACGCCCCCGACCCGAUUCUCCGGCAGCCAAUGCCGCCUCCGAAUCUGAAUCUGAGUCCUACUCCAAUGGAAGCCGCAGUCGCUCGCGCUCGCUCUCUCAAGAGCCGGACUAUAUCCUUGCUGAAAUCACAACUACAAACCAAGCACAGGAUGUGACGUCCAGCGACCCGAAAAUACCUUCCAAACUGCUCACACGCUUGCUGCACCAGCAUUUCCAGAAUGAGAAGACCAAGGUCGCAAAAGAUGCCAAUAACGUUGUUGCCAAGUAUAUUGAUAUUUUUGUGAGGGAAGCCAUCGCCCGAUCUGCUUAUGAGAGGACCGAGUCAGAUGGAAAUACCGGUGGCAGAAGUCUUGGGGACGGGUUCCUCGAAGUUGAAGAUCUUGAGAAAAUGGCCCCACAGCUCACGAUGGAUUUCUAG